GGCGCUCUGAUUGGCGGGCUCCGGCCAGCGCAGGCGAGCGGGCCGCGGGAUGGAGUCGCCUGAGGGAAACGGGUCCGGAGGGGACUUCGCCGUGCCCAGCUCGCCCCGGGGCUCCCCGGCCGUGCCCGGGCCCACGCGCCUCCGCGCCUUCCUCUGGUGCCGGGAGUUCCUGGCCGGCGCUUGGCGCUGCCUGGCGGCGCCCGAAGACCUCGGCAUCGUCCCCGUCAGUGGGGGGCUGAGCAACCUCCUCUACAAGUGCACCCUCCCGGAUCACAUUGUGACUGCGGAAGAUGAGCCACGUCAGGUUCUGCUGCGUAUCUACGGAGUCAUCCUCCAGGGAGUCGACUCGCUGGUUCUCGAGAGUGUCAUGUUUGCCAUCCUGGCCGAGCGGAUGCUGGGACCGCGACUCUACGGCAUCUUCCCCCAGGGGCGCCUGGAGGAAUAUAUCCCGAGCCGCCGCCUGACCACGGAGGACUUGCCCGACCCCAGCAUCUCGGGGGAGAUCGCCACGAAGAUGGCUCGCUUCCACGAGAUGGUGAUGCCCUUCAAUAAGCAGCCCAAGUGGAUGUUCGGGACGAUGGAGAAGUACUUGAGGCAGAUCUCCGAUCUGACCUUCCCCCAGGAAGCCCAGCUGCAGAAGCUCAACAAGCUCAAGGCGUACAACUUGGAAGCGGAAAUGCGCAGCCUCAGGGAGCUGCUGGAGUCCACCCCGUCCCCCGUGGUCUUCUGCCACAACGACGUGCAAGAAGGGAACAUCCUGCUCCUGGCUGGGCGUGAGUCAGCCGCCUCAGAUCGCCUCAUGCUGAUCGACUUCGAGUACAGCAGCUACAACUACAGGGGCUUCGAUAUCGCCAAUCACUUCUGCGAAUGGGUGUACAACUACGCCCACGACCAGUGGCCUUUCUACAAAGCCAGCCCAGAAAACUACCCCAGCCGCCAGCAACAGCUGCAUUUUAUCCGCUGCUACCUGGAGGAGGCAGCUGGGAAGAAAGCGCGCCCGUCCCCGGAAGAGCAGGAGCGCCUGGAGGAGGAGAUGCUUCUGGAGAUCAGCCGAUUUGCGAUGGCCUCCCACUUCUUCUGGGGCUUGUGGUCCAUCUUGCAGGCCAAGAUCUCCACCAUCGAGUUUGGCUACCUGGAAUAUGCCCAGUGCCGCUUCGAAGCCUACUUCCAGCAGAAAUCUCUCUGCGAGUGACCCUCGCCUGUCCUGCCUCCGCGCCCAGGCUUCAGCCUGGCUGGCGCUGUUGCGGGACCUGGACUGAACUCCUGGACCUCAAGAGGCACCGUUGCCAGUGGACCAAAGCUCUCUCCCCGGACGCAGGAGGAGGGUUGGCUGGCCAGCUCUCGUUCCGCAGCGGCAAAAACUCUGGCUUCCGGGCAAGGGGGUCACGGAGCCCCCGUGGGGUGGCAGCACACCUGGAGGAUGCCAGGCAGCUAAAUGUUGCAGGCAUGGCUUCCGGCAGGCGGUCCCUCUGUGAUGGAGGUUCCUUGGGCACGGGGAAGGUGGGAAGAGGAGAUCUCUGCCCUUUGGGACAGGGAGGGGAUGUGCGAGCCCCCCCACCCCCCAGGGUCCUCGCCUGCUUCCAUUCCGCCUUCUGUUGCCCUCGGCCCUCCAUGCCCUCUGCUGCCUCCACCACUGUGCCUUCCCUUGGCCUUGCUCAGCCCUCUCCCCCAGAGAUUUCUCUCCUGCCCCAAAUCUAUGCACAAGCUCACCCCUCUCCUUCCCUUCGUAGCCCAUCCCUUCCAGAUCUUAGACUCCUCACAGGUCCUUCUGGUCUGCCUCAGUGCCAGCCACAGAUGGCAUGGUGGGGGGGCUGGUGCCUUUGGGGACCGAGACUGCACAGUGCAAGGCCAAGGACUAGUGAGCCCCCACACACACCCCGGUGAGCCUUGGGGCAGAGGUAGAGGGUCUCUAGGCCUUACUUGCUGCUGCAGGGACGCCCAGCUCUGGCCGCCGUCUCCCAUUACUGGAUUGGUUCCCUUGUGCAGUUUCCCAAGGAGACGCUUUGGCCAGGACUGGGGAGGCAGUGGGAGGGCUUCGGAGGCAGGACCAGAGGGCAAAGGUCGCCCCAGAGGAUCCUCGGCUGGGGGGGCAGGGUUUGCUCUGGAGGUCUUCCCUCCCCAGAUGUAAUCCCAGCCCACUUCGCCGGAGCCUCUCCGGAACGACAGGCAGUUGAGGCCAGGACUUGGGGGGCGGCUCCUGCCCCUUGCCCAGGGGCACCACAAGCUUUUGGACCUGCUGGAGGGCCAGAUUUUGCAGGGGGGGGGGCUUCCACCUUGUUUCUUCCUUUCCCCGGGAAUGGGUUUGCUUGAUGGGGGCGGUGGGAGAUAAAUGACACCUUUUGGUCUUUGUUAACUUCGUUGUAUCUGCAUUUCUAUGAAUGUCCAGCAGAGAGAGCCAGGGAUGCGGUGGGCUCUCUAGCCCAAGCUAGCCUUUGGCAGGCAGCCUGCCCUCUCUCUCUGUUCUCAGGGCCGCUCUUCUCUUCCGGCAUCGCUGACGAUAACCAUGGAAUGUAAUCUCUGCAAUUGCCAAUAAAAGCCUGGCACUCCACCCACUA